AUGGAGGUGAUCACUUGCAAGAUCAGAAUGACCUGGAUUUGUGUUCCCUGCCUCGCAGGCGGUGCUCCGCAGGAGAAAGUUUUUUGGAAGGGCUGGCAUGAGAGGGUACAGGCUGACCCUGGCUUUCCUGCCAAGGUGGCAAUCGAGCAGAUAAUCGGCGUGGGGGGGUCCGUGCUGGGUGACAUGGCUGGCCGGGACAACUGGGGCCUCAACGAGCUGGACUUCGUGUUUUCCACCCUAAUCGUCGGCAGCAUCCUCAACUUCUCCCUCAUGUACCUCCUAGCUGCGACCCCCACAACCUUGGGAGGAACCACCAAGAUGAACCUCAUCCAGAAGCUAUUCAGCGAGCAGACCCUGAAGAACUGGGGCGCCCCGGGGGGGAACAUGUUCGAAGCUGGCUACUCGCUCCCUAUGAGGGCCGCCAACUUGGGCUACAAGGCGGUGAUGUUCAGCUUUGUUGGGUUCUGUGCUGGUCUUGUAGGAACAGCGACCUCCAACACGCUGUUGUUUAUCAGACGGCGGGUCGACCCCAAGUUCGAGCUGCAGAACAAGCCCCCGCACGUGCUGUACAACUCCCUGACGUGGGCCUGCCACAUGGGGGUGUCUGCCAACAUCAGGUACCAGGCCUUGUAUGGCCUUGACAUGGUGCUAUCCCCCUUGAUGCCCGCUCAAAUAUUCCUGACGUACUCAACGGUCAUCCGGACGCUGAACAACAUCGUGGGUGGCACGUCAUUUGUUUUCUUUGCCAAGCUGUUUGGGGUGCAGAAGUCGAGUCAAGAGGAGCCGAAGAAGGUUGAGCAAAAGAAGAAGCGCUAG